GGUAGACCCAUAGGUCAAUCAAAGAAAAGGAUAUUGACAAAGGAUGAAAGAAAUGCAGCUCAUUUAUAUAUCUUACUAAAUUGUGAAGAAGUUUCGCCAUUUAUCAAAAUAUAUAUUGAGGAACUACGGAGGAUAUCACCUAACAUUACCGAUGGGGAGGUAGACAUCACAUUGGAGAAUAACUUUCCCACAUGGUUCAAAGCAUACGUACAUGAACCAACCAACACAGUGAACAAUCCUCUCAUCCAAGAUUUAGCCAAAGGACCUCUAAAUACAGUGAAUGUGUACACAGGAUACUAUGUAAAUGGAUACAAAUUUCACACUGAGGGACGAAGUGCUAAUCGAAUGACGGUGAAUUGUGGUGUAUGCAUUAAAGGAACGAACUAUAGUGAUCAAUCAAGUGAUUACUAUGGUAAGUUGAUAGAGGUUCUUGAAGUAGAGUACCCGGCUUUACCUAUGAAGCGGACAGUUCUAUUCCACUGUGAAUGGUUUGAUCCUACCCCAAAUGUUGGAGUGAAAAUUCAUUUAAUGUACAAUAUUGUGGAUGUAAAUCAAAGAAGGAGAUUUCAUAAGUAUGAGCCAUUUGUUUUGGCUAGCCAGGCACAACAAGUUUAUUACAUUCCUUAUCCUUCUUUAAGACGAGCAAGGUCUGAUUGGCAAUCUGUGAUAAAAAUUAAAGCCAGGCCAGUGAUUGAAUUACCAAAUGUUGUUGUACCUUCGAGAGCGUCAACAACAGAUGCAUAUCAAGAAGAUACUGUAACUUUGCAGCCUUUAGUCUUAAAUGAAGAAGGAUUACCUGAGACAUUAAAUGAUCCAGCGGGUGGUGAAGUGUUGAUUUCGGAAUUAGUUGAAGAAGAAGAAGAAGAUGAGACAUAUCAUUAUUCAACUUCAGACAAUGAUGAAUAUUACUUAGAUUAGUCAACUCUAAGCUAUAUGGCCAGGGGUAAAGGUAAAGAAGAUGCACGUAAUGCUGAUCGUGGGGUUUUAAUAGGUACAGGUAGAGGCCGAGGCCGAGGUGAUCCAGAAAUUGUUCGUGGUCGAGACAUUAUAGCCAGUGCACCUUCUUCAGCUGGCUUUAGAGCCCCAACGCUUACUCCAACAACUCCUGUAUCAUACUCAGUCCCUGCAGCCCCUCCACUUGCUCCAGUUGCCCCCACUGCCCCAACUUCUUCAAGUUCUGUUCCUGGAUCAAGUGCUAGUCGAUCUGCAUCCUCAUCCUCAUCACAUGCUACUAGGACCUACUGUUAUGUGCAUACAAGCGGAAAUCUUAUACCUUCUGAGAAGACAUCUGGUGCCUGCACAAAGAUUUUUCAGAAGUACAAUGUCGAGGAGGGUUCUUCCUGGAAGAAUAUCCCACAAUCCACAAAAGAUUUUUAUUUCAGAGAGUUUGAGAAAGAAUUUCACUGGGAUGAGGGAAGUGCUGCAAUAGUGAGGAAGGCAUGGAAUAAAAAAGCAGCUACCCGAUACAAAGACUUUCUGACAAAUGAAAAGAAGAAAAAAAAGAGGAGUGCUUAUAUAUCAAAUGAAGUUUGGGAUAAAUGGAAUUUAGAUUGGAGUACUCCAGAGUAUGUAGCAAAGUCAGUGAAGUACGCAAAGAACCGCCUAACAGAGAAGGGAGGUGCAGGAGCUGGUCCUUCUAAACAUACAGGUGGGUCCAUAACACAUGAGGAGCAUGCAAGACGCAUACAAAAUGCUAAGACAGACAAAGUUCCUCCAACAGCAGCUGAGUUGUUUCUCCACACCCAUACAAAGAAGAGUGAUCGCAACAAAUUUGUUGAUAAACGAGCUGAACUUGUUUAUGAAAAUUAUUUGAAGCUAAAAGAACAACAUUCAAGCCAGAAUGUGGGAUCAGAUCAUGUGGAAGGAGAUGGAGGAACUAUUAAUGAGGAUCAAUUGUUCAUUACUGCAGCAGGAGGAUGGCAAGGAAGUCGAGUUUAUGGUUUAGGUAGUGCUGCAUCUUCUGCCUUCUCUCAAACAGGAGCUGUGGGAAAAACAACAGAUGUUCCAUCAUCACAAUCACCAGAAUGGAAGAAGGAAAUUGAAGCAAAGUUUGAAGAGAAGUAUAAUAGUUUGCAGAAACUUGUAGAAGACCAAAAUCAGAUAAUAGCUCGAAUGCGUGAUGAACUACAGGCAACGAGGAUGGGACAACAGUCUUCCUCAUUGAUGCCAUCAACAUCUGAUAUGCCUCCAGCUCAAAGAUCCCAUGGUGAUUCACAUAUAGAUUAGCAUGAUAUCAUUUCUCACUGACUUUAAUAAUAUAUUUUAUGAUAUGAAUUUGCUACUAUAUGGAUUAAUUAUGUAUUUUGAGAUAUUUUAAGUUUUAUAGUCUUGAACUAUAGUAAUGUUUUGGAUUUUUAGAUUGCACAAUUAUGAAAUGAAGUUGAUGUUUAUAUAUUA